AUUUGCGUAGCCAAAAGUGCUGCAUAAAAAAGUUGUUUUGGUUCUAGUGCUACUUCCAUUAGGGGUAAGUGGAUGAAUGGAAAACCCACAUUUUCUGCUCUGAUUCAAGUAUAAAAAGGCUGAUCCUAUAAUCAGAUUUUUGCAUUGUGGCAUUGUGAGAGCUAGAGAACACUUGACUAAACUUCCAGUUUGUGAAUUGUGAACUUGUGAGGCACAAAAAAACAAAAAUGGAGGCUCCAAUGAAAUUCAUUUGCAUUCUGGGAUUGGUUGCAGUUAUAUGUACUAGCUGCCUUGAAAGGGUUGAUGGGGCUAGCGCAUGUGGAAAAACUAGCCCAGAUGAUGAGGCCAUCAAGCUUGCUCCUUGUGCAAGUGCUGCACAAGAUGCAAACGCUCCUGUUUCCAGUGGCUGCUGCCAGCAGGUGAAGAGAUUGGGCCAAAACCCUAGCUGCCUCUGUGCUGUUCUGCUCUCUGACACUGCCAAGAACUCUGGUGUCAAGGCUGAGGUUGCCAUUACCAUUCCCAAACGCUGCAACUUUGCCAACCGCCCUGUUGGCUACAAAUGUGGACCUUACACACUGCCAUGAGUGGACAUAAAGAGAAGGUGAAGGCUACUAGCAUCAGUAAAUAGGAGAUUACUGCUUGUGAUUUGGCAAUAAAAAGCUAGUAGCUUAUAAUUGUAGCAUGUAUGUAUUGUAUCCUUCUUGGAUAAUAAUAAUUAAAAAAACAUUAGUGCAAAUUUCAGUGUGACAAUUGCAUGUGUGUUAUCAAUAAUUGCGCAGAAACCCAAUAAUUAUUUUGCUAAAAAGGCAAGGAAUUUGUACCCCCCCGGUUACUGGGUGGGACCCAACAAGCGGUAUGUUCUAAGGUUUGAAAUGAAUGAUUGGACCAUUGGAGACAAACAUUCAUUGUAAACAUCAAAAUCAGAUGAUCCAUUUACUUUGUAAAAGCGUGGCUGAAGAAUCUCCAUCCAUCCACACCAGCAGCAGCAAGAAAUCUUCCUUAACGACCGUGGAAAGCAAAUAUCCUACCAGACAUGGGAUAAGGACUGCUUUUAACCUGUAAGGUCAUGUUUGGAUAGGGAAUAAUUAACCUCGACCCAAAAAUCAAAAGCAGAUUGAUAGAUAUAAAGAUAUAUAAUUCUGGUUGAUGGGCCACACUGUCUUUGAAGAGAGAUUUGUUAGUUUCUAGGACGUGGCACUAACUAUGGAAUCUAAAAUUUUGAGGUAAGGAGGAAACUGAAGGGCAAUGUCAUAAACAAGAACAACUUUUUUGACUGUUUUGAGGGCCAAAGGCAUAAAUCCAAACAUCCAUGUGUUUGUUUGACCAGGUCACGGGCGCAUAAGAAGAAGCAGUGUUCAACUAGGGCAUCAACAUGGAAAAUCCGAAAAAGAAAGAAGAGAGAAGAAAAAAUGGAUGAACCAAAAAAGAAUAAAAGACAUCUUAGACUUGUGCAGCAAGAGAGAACGUGAAGAUAGGGUAACAUUCUCUUAUCAGAUUUUAUAUUCCAACACUGUAAAUUAGAACCACACGUUUUGUAGUCCACAUACA